GCGUCCCGGAUCUGUCCCGAGACACCGGGGCCGGCGGCGCCUGGGCAGGGUCCCGGGCGGAGGCUGAGCAGGAUGCGCCGCUUUGAGACGCUGCGCCGUUCCUUCCCGUUCCUGGCCCGCUUCCGCGUCUACCGGAAGCUGAGCUGUAGCAUGCAGUCGGAGGAGGGCACGGACUGGCUGCUGGAGCUGCUCACCGAGCUGCAGCUGCAGCAGUACUUCCUGCGCAUCCGGGACGAGCUGAACGUCACCCGCCUCUCCCACUUCGAGUACGUCAAAAAUGAGGACCUGGAGAAGAUUGGCAUGGGCCGCCCCGGCCAGCGGCGGCUGUGGGAGGCUGUGAAGCGGAGGAAAGCCAUGUGCAAGCGCAAGUCGUGGAUGAGCAAGGUGUUCAGCGGGAAGCGCCCCGAGUCGGAGCUGCCGCCCCAGCCCCAGAGCACCUUCCGCAAGCCCCCGACGCCGCCGCCGCUGGAAGCCAGCGGCCAGCACUCCYUGACCUGCCUCAUCAGGGAGAGGGACCUCUCGCUCUUCGAGAAGCUGGGCGACGGCUCCUUCGGCGUCGUGCGCCGCGGCGAGUGGUGCACGCCAGCCGGCAAGACGCUCAACGUGGCGGUGAAAUGUCUCAAGACGGAUGUGCUGAGCCAGCCGGAGGUGCUGGACGACUUCAUCCGYGAGGUGAACGCCAUGCACUCCCUGGAUCACAAGAACCUCAUCCGGCUCUACGGUGUGGUGCUCUCCCACCCCAUGAAGAUGGUGACGGAGCUGGCCCCACUGGGCUCUCUUCUGGAUCGUCUGCGAAAGAACCAGGGCCAUUUCCUCAUCUCCACGCUGUGCCAGUAUGCCAUCCAGGUGGCCAAGGGCAUGGCCUACCUGGAGUCCAAACGCUUCAUCCAUCGUGACCUGGCUGCCCGCAACAUCCUGCUGGCCUCCAACGAGCUGGUCAAGAUCGGGGACUUCGGCCUCAUGCGGGCCCUGCCCAAAAAUGACGACCACUAUGUGAUGCAGGAGCACCGCAAGGUGCCCUUUGCCUGGUGUGCUCCUGAGAGCCUGAAGACGCGCACCUUCUCCCACGCCAGCGACACCUGGAUGUUUGGGGUGACCCUCUGGGAGAUGUUCACCUAUGGCCAGGAGCCCUGGAUCGGCCUCAAYGGCAGCCAGAUCCUGCACAAAAUAGACAAGGAGGGGGAGCGGCUGCCGCGGCCCGAGGACUGUCCCCAGGACGUCUACAAUGUCAUGCUGCAGUGCUGGGCGCACAAGCCCGAGGACCGGCCCACCUUCGUGGCCCUGCGGGACUUCCUGGUCGAGGCCCAGCCCACUGACAUGCGGGCCCUGCAGGACUUCGAGGAGCCCGACAAGCUGCGCAUCGAGAUGAACGAUAUCAUCACCGUCAUCGAGGGCAGGGCCGAGAAUUACUGGUGGCGGGGUCAGAAUAAGCGGACACUAAAAGUGGGCCAGUUCCCCCGAAACACGGUGACCUCGGUGGCGGGGCUCUCAGCCCACGACAUCAGCCAGCCGCUUAAAAACAGCUUCAUCCACACAGGCCAUGGAGACACCAACCCGCAGCAGUGCUGGGGGUUUCCCGAUAAAAUUGAUGAGCUCUACCUGGGAAAUCCCAUGGACCCUCCUGACAUUUUAGGUGUGGACUUGAGUGCUGCCAGACCCACCCAGCUCCCAGGAAGAGCUAAAAGGCAGCCGCCUCCGCGCCCACCUCAGCCUGCCAUCCUGCUUACGAGUAAGUGGGGCUGUUCUGGGAGCCGCCAGCGCUGCUCGUGCCCUCUCUGUUCUCUCUUAGCUCCUUUCUUCCAAGAGCCCUCCUACGACCCCGUCAGCGAGGAGGACGAGGGGCUCUCCGCAGGCCUCCGGAAGCUCUGCCUGAAGAAGCCAGGCCCAGGCAAGGGACUGCGGCUGGCAAAGCCCUCGGCCCGGGUGUCGGGCACCAAGGUGGGCGAGCGGCAGCCCGGGCAGGCGCUGAGCGAGGGCCCGCCGGGCGGCGAGGUGACGCUCAUCGACUUCGGCGAGGAGGCGCCCCCGCCGAGCCCGUCGCCGGUCGGGGAGCUCCCGAUGCCCUUGGUCUCCAAGCUGGCCAUGGAGGCCUGCUCGCUGCUGGACAAGACCCCGCCGCAGAGCCCCACGCGGGCCCUGCCCCGGCCCCUCCACCCCACGCCCGUGGUGGAUUGGGAUGCGCGGCCCUUGCCGCCACCGCCGGCCUACGACUACGUGGCGCAGGACGAGGACGACUUCGAGGUGUGCUCCAUCAACAGCCCGCCGGGGCGGCGGGGCAGCCGAGCGGGRCUGCCCAAGGCCCGCGAGCGGGGCGAGACCAACUACGGCUUCGUGGAUGAGGGCGACAGGGCUGCGGUGCUGGAGGACAACCUCUUCCUGCCGCCCAAGGAGGCCAAGCAGCCCAGCCUGACGCAGACCACAGAGAUCUUUGAGGAGCUGCAGCAGGAGUGCAUGAAGAGGCUCAACGUGCCCCUGGGCACGGCCGCCUUCGCCGCCGCCGCAGCCCCUGCCGAGGACAAGCCGCAGAUCCCGCCCCGCGUGCCCAUCCCGCCGCGGCCGCUGCGCAGGAACGAGCCCGGCCGCUGGUCGGGGGAGCUCUCGCCGGCCUCGGGGGGCGAGGAGGACCGGCCGCCGCAGAUCCCGCCACGCGACCCGCUCUCGCAGCCCACCUCGCGCACCCCCAGCCCCAUGGCUCUGCAGGUGGGCUCCCCCCAGCAGCGCGCCACGCUCUGCUCCUACCUCUCCACCUCGCCGGGGAAGCCCAUGCCCACCACGCAGAGCUUCGCCCUCGACCCCAAAUACACCACCCCUAAGGUCAUCCAGGCGCAGGGGAAGGACUGCCCCAAGGGGCCCUGCAUCCUGCCCAUCGUGAAGGAUGGGCAGAAGGUCAGCAGCACACAUUACUACCUGCUACCCGAGCGCCCGGCCUACCUGGACAAGUAUGAGAAGUUUUUCAAGGAGGCCAAAAGCCCCGAAGAGGUUCCAGCUUCCCGCGUGGUAACCACAGCCACUGUGCGGCCCAUGGUGCAGCAGCAGCCGGACUACAAAGCUAACUUCUCCUCCAACAACAGCAACCCUGGUCCCAAGUGUCUGGUGAAGGCUUCCUGCAGCCUCCAAAAGAUCGUCUAUGAUGGGCCGGAUGGCUACCGCCCCUCUGAGAAGAUCCGGCUGGUGCAGGACAUGGUGCACGGCGUGACCACGGAGGAGUGCCUGACGGCGCUGCAGAACCACAGCUGGAACGUGCAGCGUGCCAUCCAGUACCUGAAGGUGGAGCAGCUCUUUUGCCUGGGGCUGAAGUCCCGCGUUGAAUGUCACCGCGUGCUGGAGAUGUUCGACUGGAACCUGGCCCAGGCCAGCUCCCACCUCCUGGAUCCCUGCAGCACGUCUCGGCAGAAGCGGUGACAGCGGGACGUGGGUGAGCUACGUCGGAUCUGGAGCGGGCAUCUCGCCGUGGAACUACCGCGCACUGUGGCCACCCCUAUCCACACAACCUGCUGCUGGACUCUGGCCUGAGCCCUGCCUGGGGGCAGAGGUGCCCCGAAAUGGAGCCUGCCUAGGGUUUGGGACUUGCCAUGACCCCYAUGCCAGGGUGCCCCCGCCCUGGCUUUGAAGAUGGUCUCCGUCCCCCAGCCCAUUGUUGAGUUGUUUUUGUAAAGAGAA